CCUAGAGUCUGUCAAGACUGGCCCGUACGGGCAGGGGUACCUUUACCUUUACCUAUUAAUCAUGAAAUGAGGUAAUGAUAUAGAACAACUCCAAGUGAUUUAGUAAUUUUAAAAAUCACAUAUAAAAACAAAUCAAACAAUAAUGAUAAACUACUAUUCCCAUUUUUACAAAUGAGAAAACUGGCCAUGAUCUAAGGAUCUAGAAGCUUAGGUCUUCGGGAUUAAAAUACAAGAGCUUUCUCAUUAAAUUGCACUUGUUGUCACCUCAGGAUGAUGGCUCCAAUGCCAUUUACAAACUUUCCAAGUGUAUGGUCCUAUCUGAAGCCCUCUUCGGGUCCUGCUUGUUGUUAAAUAAAAGGACAGAUGGAGCAGAAUAAUAACUGAUGUCAUAGAUAUAUGGAAACCAAGUUCUGAAGCUUCUAGAACAACAUGGUAGUUAUUAGCAACGGAAAGGAAGGAAUACAUUGGAGGAAGGCAGCCACACUCAGAAUGAAGCACUAAGUCGCAGGGCUUUUAAAUAUAAGAGCCAUGAAUCCAUCUGGGCCUCAGGAUAGUUUUUGUAAAGAGCAGCCCUGAAUAAAGAACAGAAGCAGGAAGGAAAAGAGCAUCCUACUGGAGUAGUUAACAGACACCUUGGGAAACUCCAGAAGGUCCUGCUCUGGAGACUGAACAACCUAGCAUAGCCAUAUGCAGAUGGAAGAAGAAUGGAAGAGCCUGAGGAAACUCUUGAGAGCAGUGACGCAAAUGAAGGUGGGCUAGAUACUGAAGAACAGGGAGAUAAUGGUGGAAUCAAGGAGGAAAUCAAGGAGGAAAUUGUUGAAAUUAAUGAAGAAGAUGCACAUGAAAUCAAUGAGGAAAAGAAAGAAAGUGAUGAAAUCAAAGAUAGUGAGGAGGAGAAACAUAAUGAUGAAAUCGAAGAGUUGACACCUCACCAGGAAAGUGGAGAUAAUGGCCUAGCAAUGGACCAAGAUGUCCCAAAGACAACAAGUUCUGAUAAAGGUGAGGUAGAGCGACCUGAAAGCAAAAUCAGCAUUAUUCAGCAUAAGGAACUGAUAGAGGAAAACCAGCAGCCUGACUUGCCUCCUGGCAGCACAAGUGCUAGCAUGUCAUCUCUCAAAAAGGAACUUGGUCAUGACUCCCGUCGUGGCAGCCAGCAUAGCCAGCACCUCCCGGGCCAUGAAUCCCGCCGAGGCAGUCAGAGUCAACCUUUAAUAGGCCAGGAAUCCAGGCAUAGCCAGCAGCAACCAGGACAUGAAUCUCGCCGAGGCAGUCAACCACCUGGAGGCCAGGAAUCCCGGCAUAGCCAGAAGCUCCCAGGACAUGAAUCCCACCGCGGAAGUCAACAGCUCACGGGCCAGGAAUCCCGGCAUAGCCAGAAGCUCCCAGGGCAUGAAUCCCACCGCGGAAGUCAACAGCUCACGGGCCAGGAAUCCCGGCAUAGCCAGAAGCUCCCAGGGCAUGAAUCCCACCGCGGAAGUCAACAGCUCACGGGCCAGGAAUCCCAGCAUAGCCAGAAGCUCCCAGGACAUGAAUCCCACCAUGGAAGUCAACAGCUCACAGGCCAGGAAUCCCGGCAUAGCCAACAGCUUCCAGGACAUGAAUCCCACCGUGGAAGUCAACAGCUCACAGGCCAGGAAUCCCGGCAUAGCCAACAGCUUCCAGGACAUGAAUCCCGCCGAAGCACUCAACCAGUUGUAGGCCAGGAAUCCCGACACAGUCAGCAGGUCCCAGGACAUGAAUCUCGCCGAGGCAGUCAUGAAUCCAUUAGCCACCAGGUCCUACAAAGCCAUAGACCUUCCACAACACAACCUAUAAAUGAAGUUGAAGCCAAGGAGGACAUGACAUGGAUUAGUCAAAGGACAGGGAAAGUUAUGAAAUGCGAAAGCCAGCAGACCAGUAGAAUUUGGGAGCACAAGCCACUCUCUGAAAUUCUGCAACCUCUUGGUUACCCGAAAAGUGUAGAGAAAGCAGCAGGAAAACCACCUGCAGUAGCUCGUGCCAGCAGCCAAGAGUCAAAGCAGCAGCAACCGACAGAGGAUGGGUCUUGGAUCAGCAAAAAAACAGGGAAGUUAUUGAAAUGCACAGGUCAGCAGACAAGUAAAAUCUGGGAGCGAAAGCCUCUGGCAGAAGUUCUUCGUCUUUCUCGCCAACCAGAUGCCGAUAGUGAUGCUGGAGAAAAAGUGAAAACUGCCGAAGAAGUGAUUGCUGCUCCCAAAGAUUCAGAAGCUAAACCAGUAGAAGUGGCAGAGGUUCAGGAAUCCCAGCAAGGUGACCAAGAGGUGGAAGGAAAGGAAUCACAGGUGGAAGGAAAGAGAAAAGCUUCUAAUAAAAUGUCCGUAGACAAAACACUGCAGACCGAUAGCAAAAUAAGCGUUUUUAGACAUAAAGAACUGGAGCAUAAAAAUGAACAGACAGACUUUCCUCCCGACACUUUACCCAGCAGUAGAACCUCUCUCAAAAACCAGCAUGAAUCCUGGCAUAGUAAUCAACAAGCAGAAGGACAGGGAUCCAGACGCGGUAGUCAACAGGUAGAAGGCAAGAAGUCACAGCAGGAGAGUCAACAACCAGAAGGGCAGGAAUUGAUGGAUGAAAGCCAGCAACCAGAUGCUCAAGGAUCUCAACAUGGAAGCCAACAGCUAACUGGACAGGAAUCUCGGAGAGGCAGCCAACAGCCACAACAGCCAGAUGAGAACAAGCCAGCACAACUUGAAAAGGAGCAAGUGCAGCCAGAGGACCAUCAGAAACUUCCUGAAGAGGAAACAUUCCACCUGGACAGAAAAACUGGUGUAGAAGUCAGAUCUGCAAGUCAACAGACCAGCGAGAGUUUGUUCAUAGACUACCUAACAAAAAUAUAUGGCCCUCGAUAUGGCGAGGCUCCUCUUCCAGUAGGUGAUCAACCAAAGGCUAAAGAGGAUCAGCCCCCAGAGAGUGAUGAAAUCCAGGGUGAAGCUAAGGUAGAGGAGGAAGAAAAACAAGAACCAGCCCCUGCUGGGGGUGAGGAAGCAGAAGCAGAAGGACAGCAGCCUCCCCAACCAGAGGCCCAAGAGCCCCAAGAUACAGAGUUGCAAGCAGGUGGGCAACAACCAGAGGGUCCCGGGUCCCGGAGAGAGAGCCAACAGGCAGAGGGUCCUGGGUCCCGGAGAGAGAGCCAACAGGCAGAGGGUCCCGGGUCCCGGAGAGAGAGCCAACAGGCAGAGGGUCCCGGGACCCAGAGAGAGAGCCAACAGGCAGAGGGUCCUGGAUCCCAGAGAGAGAGCCAACAGGCAGAGGGUCCCGGGUCCCGGAGAGAGAGCCAACAGGCAGAGGGUCCCGGGACCCAGAGAGAGAGCCAACAGGCAGAGGGUCCCGGGUCCAGGAGAGAGAGCCAACAGGAGGAGAUGCCAGGGUCCCCAAAAGAUAACCAAGAUGAGGAGAUGCCGGGGUUCCCAAAAGACAGCCAACAGGAGGAGAUGCCAGGGUCCCCAAAAGAGAGUCAACAGGAGGAGAUGCCGGGGUUCCCAAAAGACAGCCAACAGGAGGAGAUGCCAGGGUCCCCAAAAGAUAACCAAGAUGAGGAGGUGCCAGGGUUCCCAAAAGACAGCCAACAGGUGGAGAUGCCAGGGUCCCGCAAAGAGAGCCAACAGGUGGAGAUGCCAGGGUCCCGGAAAGAGAGCCAACAGGUGGAGAUGCCAGGGUCCCGGAAAGAGAGCCAACAGGUGGAGAUGCCAGGGUCCCGGAAAGACAGCCAACAGGUGGAGAUGCCAGUGUCUCGGAAAGGCAGCCAACAGGUGGAGAUGCCAGGGUCCCGCAAAGAGAGCCAACAGGUGGAGAUGCCAGGGUCCCGGAAAGAGAGCCAACAGGUGGAGAUGCCAGGGUCCCGGAAAGAGAGCCAACAGGUGGAGAUGCCAGUGUCUCGGAAAGGCAGCCAACAGGUGGAGAUGCCAGGGUCCCGCAAAGAGAGCCAGCUAUUUGCACAGCAUGAAUCUCCACCACAUACCCACCUAUCUGUGGGUGAAAUAACUGAACAACCAGGUCCCUCUGAAAGCCAAGGAACGCUAGGGAGCAUUGUGUCAUUUACCGAAGGGGAGGAUGUAGCUCUGCAGACGUACAGCAUAGUUUCUCUCCCAGACGGAAUUUGGCUGAACAGGAAGACAGGCAAGUUUUUGGUUAGCCACGGUCAACAGACAACAGUCACUUCACUUUCAGCCCUGAAUCAAAUAGCAUUGGAAGAGGCCGCAAUUGCUUCAAAGCCAUCUGGACUUGGCGCUGGCGGCGAGGGAGUGGUGGCCAAGGCCUUGGAAGUGCAUCAGGACAGUGCUACAGCUGAAGCAAAGCCUGAAGAAGACCAGCCGCCACCUUUAAGCCAGGAAUCCCGCCGUGCUAGUCAGCAGUCGAGGCACAGCCAAGGAUCCCGCCGUGGCAGCCAGAUUCCUUUGGAGCAAGAACCCAGUCCUGUCAACCAGCCAGCUUCUGAUGACCAGAAGGAAGAGGGGCUCCAGGAAGCGGAGGAUGCUGAGGGAGAGCUGAGCCAUCGCUUGAGCGAAGCAGCCCUGGAGAGCAUAGCAGCAGCCGCCGCGGACAGAGAAGACAACGUAUCUCAGCGGACUUACAGUUCCAUUUCUCUAGCGAAAGGAUCCUUUGUCAACAAAAGAACAGGCAGGUCGCUGGUAUCUCAGCAACUGCAGACUGAAGAGUCUUCAUUUCAUAACGUUGGAGAAGCAGUGGAAGAACCCCAGGACGGUGAUCAAGUACCUGAAGAAGACCAGGUUGAAAAUCCUGAACCAAGCGAACCUGAGAACCCGGGGGAAUAGCAGGUGCAACAGUGGGAAAGAGAAGAAGGUCCUUAUAUGAGCAGACAGUUAGUCGAUGGCUAAGGCCCAGCUUACCCUGUGAGUAAUGAGCUGUUGCUGGAAUUGUAGAGACCUGAGUGGCAGAGCCACCUGUAUCCCCAGGAGAUAUCCCCAGGAGUCACCAUGUCCUGUUUUCUGAACAGAAGGCACAGUGGCUAGCAAGGGGAAGCGAAGUUCCUGGGAGCAUGGCGGGCCUCUUUCGUCAGAAAAGCAAAGCCUUAGGCUGAAAGAAGCAGAAUAAAAAACAAAAAUGGGAAACGUGUACCUUCCUUUGUCUUUCAACGUAUGCAAAAUUGUUGUCCUUCCGGUUAAUUUUUCAACAUACCCAGGAAGCUCUUAAGAGGCAGGGGGUAUUAGCUGAGGAAGAAAUGCAACGCAACCACAUCAUGGGCACAUUUAACUCAUGCAGUUUUGACCUUAUGUGGUUGAAGGGCGGCUGGUUGAAAUCUUGCAAGUUUUCCUGGUCGGCCAGGGAGGAGGGAGGCUCCAACUGUGUUGCUUGGCUGCGUUGCUCACC